AUGGAGGAGGUGUCUUCGAGUGGACAGCCCUUUUUUCCUGCUCCUCCUGGGCAACUUCCAAGUGGUGCCGCGAUGGAUGCCUCGGGGACGUGCUCGGCUACUGCUGCCACGCUGAAAGUUCGCAGUCUUGCCUCUGGCCAGGUGGACCGGACUGUGUCGGCGGCGCUACCGGAUGGUAUGCUUCUGUCGAAGGAUGCUCGUGUUGCCUUUCAAAAGGCAGCUUCACUCUUCUUACUGUAUCUGUCAUGCCUUGCUGAGGACGAACGAUCUCGGGAGGCAAAGAAGCGGGUCACGCUUUCGGCGCAGGACAUAAAGUUGGCGCUAAAGGCUGCCGGCAUGGCCCAUUUGCUACCGCUGCUGAGCACAGGUACGCAUAUGAAGCGCCAACGUACUGGGGAUCAUUCUUUGCCGUAA